CUCUGCUUAUGAGCAUGACAUAACCAGGAUCGUAUUGUGUUUCACACUGCACUUAGCACUGUAAGCAUUUUAUAUGGCCUACAAUGUUUAGCAAAGCCUCUUUACUUCCUAUAAGCACUGUUGCACUUUCUAUGUAGCAGUCAUGGAGUCUGAGUUAGAACGAUUCACCAAAUCUUCAUCAUGUGCACUUAAUGAUGAGAAGCAGCCAUCUCGGCGACGAUGCGUCGGUGCCUUGUCAUUCGUCGUAACUGGGGUCCUUGCUUUAAUGCUCGUAGCUGGAAUAUUUUACGUGUUCCAUUCGGACUCUAGAGAAAGCAGUUUUGACGAUCUGAUUACCACUGGCGGAGCCGUUCGAUCCCUCGAAACCAGACGAUCAUUAUCCAGUGGUGAGAGCUAUAAACAGGUUGUCUGCAAAACGGAAAGCUGCAAAAAUGUUUCUAGCUAUGUAAAAAGUUGCAUGGAUGAGACGGUCGAUCCCUGCGUGAACUUUUUUAGUUACGCAUGCGGUGGCUGGAUUAAGAAGAAUCCGAUUCCCAAAACAAGCUCUACAUUUUCCACCUUUUCCAAACUUAACCAACAAAUCGAGAAGAUCUUGCGCAAGAUUUUGGAAACAGAUAGCACCGAUGAUGCAAAAGUGCUGAAAAAGGUCAAAAAAUUUUAUCAAUCAUGCACGAAUAUGAAAGGGAUAAACAAAAAAGGAGACAAGCCAAUGAAAAAGUUAAUCGAAUAUCUAGGAUCUUGGCCUAUGACAAAAAACAAUGACUGGAAUGAAAACGAAUGGGAACUGCUGGAUAUCCUGUUAAAAGUUCAUCAAGAAUUUACUUCAUCUGGCGGACCCCUUUUCUCCAUCCAUGUUAGUGAUGAUCCUGUUCACAAUGAAAAACAUAUAAUCGAGGUUGACCAGGCAGGUCCAAGUCUUCCAAGAGAAAUUUACUUUGAUAAGCCAAAGACUAUACGAGCUUACGAAGAGUACCUCAUUGAUGUUGCCAAGCUUCUUGGUGCCAGUGAUGACGUCAAGCAACAAGCCAAUGAAACUGUUCUUUUUGAAAAGGAACUUGCUAAGAUAAGCGUCCGGGAUGACGAUAAAACCGACACUUGGUUUCAUAGCAUGACAGUUGCACAACUUGCCAAAGAGGUCCCCGAUUUUCCAUGGGUCGCAUAUAUCAAUCAAAUCUUUGAAAAUCGAACAAAGAUUCAACCGGACGAGAAAAUUAUAGUCCCAACGCUAAAAUAUUUAAAAGCAAUGAUGGGUAUUGUGAGAAAGACACCUAAAAGAGUACUUGCUAACUAUAUUGUCUGGAGUAUUAUACAAGACGAAGUCCCUUAUUUGUCGAAGAAAUUUUUGAAGGCUAGGAUGCAUUAUAAAGAGAAGAUACUGGGUUCGAAAGGUCUACGUAAACGAUGGAAGACUUGUGUCUCAUACACAAACGAGUACUUAGGAGAAAUACUUGGUGCACUUUAUAUCAAACAGCGCCCCAACAAGAAGUAUAAAUACGUGGCCGAAGAUAUGAUCAAGAAGAUACGAUCUGCUUUCAAAGAUAACGUGAAAACCUUGGAUUGGAUGGAUGAUAAGACAAAACAGGCUGUUGAAGAAAAGGCUGAUGCUAUGAGAGAUCAAGUUGGCUACCCAAAAUACAUCAACAACCAAACCAGAUUUGAGAAGAAGUAUCACAAGCUAAAAAUUGUGUCAGACGAUCUUUUUGAGAAUAGGAUGCAAAUGAUAAAAUUUGCACACAACAGGAUGUUGAAUAAAUUGCGGAAGAAAGUUGACAAGGAUGAAUGGCCCAUGGAUCCUCAAACUGUCAAUGCAAUGUACAGCUUUAAUGAGAAUGGAAUGAUUAUUCCAUCUGGCAUUUUACAACCUCCGUUCUAUCAUGGUGAAGAAAUUUCAAUGGCCAUGACGUAUGGAGCUAUUGGAUCAAUCUUAGGCCACGAGCUUAGUCAUGGCUUUGACAACACAGGACGAAAAUUUAACAAACAUGGUGAACUGCGAAAGCAAUGGUGGACGUCUAAGUCAUUGAAGAACUUCAAAACUCGAUCUAAAUGCAUGCAGAAACAAUACUCAAAGUACAAAGUUAGAGGAAAAUAUCCGGUAAAUGGUAAGCUAACCUUAGGAGAAAAUAUUGCUGACAACGGAGGAUUUAAAACGUCUCUAAGAGCUUACCAUAACUGGCUGCGGGAGACUCGCCAAGAUUUCAUUCUCCCAAACCUUGGCUUCACCAACGACCAACUCUUCUAUAUCUCAUUUGCACAGGCGUACUGCAGCAACAGUAGACCUGACGAGCAGUAUCUAGCCACGCUUAAUGACCGUCACACCGAAGAGGAAUUUAGGGUUGUCGGGACCUUGUCAAAUUCAAGAGAAUUCUCAAAGGCUUUCAAAUGCAAAUCAGGCUCUCCAAUGAACCCAAAAACGAAAUGCUUCAUUUGGGUAAGCGACAAAACAGACAUAGAAAAAAGGAACACAGUUUAAUGAUAUUAGUCAUUUUACUUCCUUCUUUUUUAUCUGAAUAGUAAAUAGAAAUAAUUCUCUACUCAUUCCGAUUUUAAACGAAAGAGCAUGAUUAUGAUAAAACAUUGAUUGUGUCAAAUUACAUGUAAUCUCCAAAACAAAAUUGUUAAAAAGUAAAAAUAUGUAUAGCAUACUAACUUCGGUUUUUUGAAAUUCUUAAAUGGUUGUAAAAUUCUUUAUGAAAUCAUAACAUCGUCAAAAUCUAUGAAAUUAAUACACUUAGCUAAAUUUUGGAUUCAUUCUCAUAGUUUCAUCAAAACAAACAACAUGUUUAUGAUAACCAAUAUUGACUAUUUGCUAUAAAAUUACUUAAAAAAUGCCAUCAAAAUACAGUUUAUUAAAUAAAUGGCUCUGAGUUCAUAAACGGCUCUAGGUUUCAAAAUAAGUGGGGAAACUUUGCUUGCAAACUAAGAAUUCAUCCUCUUCUUACGAGAACUCUUUUUAAUAGGCAAGUAAAAAAUUGCUACGUUUUCUGACAAUCUUUAAGUAAAUUGAAUACAGUGGCGCAAUAGUUUAUCAUAUAAGCUUACUUGAAAACUUAGUCUAUGAAAAGACAGACUCUAAUUGUAAAAAUGUCUGCUUUCUUAUCUAUUUGUAAACAAAUCUUCUAAGCCCCAGGCAGUUGAUUGUAAUGUUGAUAAAUGAUAGAUAAAUUAAUGUCUCCAUGAAAUUCGUUCGUCGAAACUUGUGAUUUAGCUUGUAAACAUGAACUUAGUAAUUAUAUAAUGAUAAUUAAAUCAUGUCAUAAUCAUUAUUUUUGAACUUAAAA